GAUAAUGAUGGUGCAGUAGCAUUACAUUAUGCAAUUGCACAUUCAGACUUGCAAUUAUGCAAAUCGUUAAUUACCUCAACUACUGCUCAAGCAACUGAUACACGUGGUGUACAUCCAUUGCUUAUUGCUGCACAACGUUCAUCAGUUCAGGUCGAAUUACUAUUACUAUUGCUAUUGAUAGUGGAAAAAUUGUUAAAAGCUGGCGCACCUGUACAUUUACAAUCACAUGACGGUUUAUCACCUCUUCGUGCUGCAGCAAUUAGUCGUAAUGAACCAGUUUUAAAAUUUCUAUUGGAAUAUCUCAGGAAAAAUGAUGAAGAAUUAAAAAUGGAUGAACCAGAUCUUGAUGGAGUACCAUUAAUUCAUACAUUACUUGUUUUACGUGAUGCAUCAAUGGUUACAACGUUAUUCGAAUAUGGUGCUUCAGCUAAGGCACGUGAUUCACAUGGACGUAGUUGUGCGCA